CACUCGAAAAAAGAUUGUCAAGGGUAGAAAACCGUGUCCGUAAACGAAUCAAAAACAUUGAGUAUCGAGGCUAGAAUCUGGGUUCACUAGAUCCUACACUGAACAUUCUGAUUUUAACCGGAACAAAGUGUCCAUUUUUUAUUUGUUUAUAAACAUAUGUAAAAAUGAAAAACAAGCAAAAUUCACCAAAUCUUAAACGGCCAAAAACUGCUGGAGGGCAAAUUCGUCAUGGCGGCUUUGGUCAAGAGAAGUUACGUGGGAAAGAUAUAUCUAUGACACCCGAUACAUUUGAGCGCUCUCAGUCUAGGGUUAAGAAAACAGGAAUCAGAAGGCGGCGUUCCUUGUUGGAUAGAAACAGUACAGCUCAGUUGGAUGGAGAUGUUACUCAACUUUCUCAAGAUGACAGUGUACUUGGACACACUCCUCUUACUAUCAGUCAGAUCAGUGAAAUUGAUCCAUCCAGUACAGUGGACUCUGCCUUCAAAAAGAAAUCUCGAAAAGCUCAGGGAUCAGAUGAUACUUUAGAAAUGGCAGUACAUUAUGCAAGAGGUGAACCAGAUGGUGCAGAGAGAUCUUUCACAAGGCAUAAGUUAUCAAAGAUUUCCCUCAAUGAUGGCAGCGAUGAAAGUGGAGAUGAUCAUGAUGAAAGUAUGGAAGUAGAUGAAAACAAGAACGAUAAUGAUGAAGAAAUACCAUCCCCAUCUAAAAAGUCUAAAAAUUCGGGGAAGGAAGCAAAGUCACCUAAAGUGGAAAAGACAAAGAAAGGAGUUCUUAAGCUGCCUUUUAAGCAAGCAGCAAAGAAACUGAAAGCAAUGAAAAGUUCUGGUGAUCUGCAAAAAACAAAAAAGCAAGUCAAUAAGAAAUUUGAAGCCUUACCAGAUGAAACUACAGUACCCAAAACACCAAAUCAAACUUGGAAAGAAAAGAAGCAACAGCGAAAGAUGAUGAAAAAUAACUUUGAUCUGAUUACAAAUGCCAAAAAGGCAUGGGAGGAACUUCGCAGACAUGAUCUCCCUGCUGUGAAGAGGAAAAAAAUCUGUGAUGAUUUGAUGAAAAUGGUUGUUGGAAAAGUGAAAGAGCUUGCACUAGUGCAUGACUCUGCCAGAAUUAUUCAAUGUUUGGUUCAAUAUGGAACUGAAGAGCAGCGCAGUGUUAUAUUUGAAGAAUUAAAAGGUGAAAUUUGUGAGUUGUGUAAACUUAAAUAUGCUAAGUAUGUCGUCCGCAAACUGAUUCAUUAUGGGUCUAAAGAGUUGCGUGGUCAAAUAUUUUUAAGUUUUCAUGGUCAAGUGCGUAAACUAAUUAGACAUAAGGAAGCAUCCGACAUUGUUGAGUACGCUUUUAAUGAGUAUGCAACAGCACCUCAGAGACUUGCAAUUUUGGAAGAGUUUUAUGGACCAACAUUUACUUUAUUUAAGGAUCGUGCUCAUCAGUCCCUGGAUCAAAUUAUGGCAGAACAGCCUGAAAAGAGAGACAUGGUUAUUCGCAGUAUGAAGGAGGCAUUGGUGCCAUUGAUAGACAAAGAAAUCCUGAAUUAUUCUCUUGUACACAAAGUGUUUUUUGACUUCUUUGCUUACUCAGAUGACAAGUCAAAGAAAGAAAUGAUAGAAGGCCUCAGAGAACACAUUCCAAAUUUGUUACACACGAGAGAUGGGACAAGGGUAGCUAUGCACUGUGUUUGGGAUGGAUCAGCUAAAGAUAGAAAAGUUAUUGUGAAAAGUCUUAAGACUCAUGUGGCUAAAAUCUGUAAGGAGGAGCAUGGUCACCUGUUGUUGCUGGCUAUCUUUGACAGUGUGGAUGACACAGUUUUGUUACAGAAAGUUAUCUUGGAUGAACUACUGAAAUCCUUGGAUGAUGUUAUCAAUGAUCAACAUGGAAAGAAAGUGUUGCUGUACCUGAUGUCUCCCAGAGAUACACAUCAUUUCCAUCCUGACAUUAACAAGGUGCUCCAAGAUGGAGAUUCUAAUCCCACCAGUAAAAAAGACAAGACAUUAAGAGCCAAGGAACUGCGUUCUCAUAUCUCGCCUCACCUGCUCAAUUACCUGGAGAAAAAUGCAUUGAGUAUGAUGAGUAAUAGUAACCUGGCUUUGAUUGUCAAAUCUAUCAUCACUCAUGCUACAGGGGAUGUUGUCCCAGCCAUGAGGGCAAUAGCAGAUUUGGUAGCACAACCUUGCAGUACUGCAGAUGGAGCUAUUAAUAUAAUAGAACAUCCAGCUUGUCACAUUGUCUUGAAAAAGAUUAUAGCCAAUGAUAAGACAAGGAUGGAAGCUGGUGAAGGAAUUUUAUUUUCGGCCAUACUACUUGAAGCAUUGCCGAAGUCCACAAUUAAAAUAUGGGCAGCCAGUAACCGAGGUUGUUUUAUUCUUGUGAGCCUAUUGGAGGUUGGGUGUUCAACAAUCACAGAGAAAGUAAAAGCCCACCUUCAGCCUGUUCUCAAAUCUCUCAGCAAAAUGACGUUUAAAGGUGCAGAGCUGUUGCUUGAAAAGUUGGAGAAGCCAAGUAAACGAGAGUUCAGAGUGUAGAGCAUUAAACUUAGCAUAAACAUUCUAAAGAGUAAAGAGAUUUGACAAUGAAAAGGAAGUCAACAAAAAUACUUGUUUGAUACAUUCUGGUUUUUGUACUUGGCUGACCCUGAAGGAAUGUAUUUUUACAGAAAGAAAAUAAACAGUUAAUAAUU